AGCUUAAGCACGGGGCUCGGGUCGGGGGGGCGCGGGCCCGAAACCGCACGCCGCACGCGGCGGGGGUCGGUGUGUCGGUGCCAUGGCGACGCCUGGGCAGCUGCAAAUGUAUAACAAGCUCGAGGUGUCAGAGAUGUUCGGGCUGGACCACCGGGCAGAGGGCCCGGAUGGGAAGAUCCGGCGAGUCCACGUGAUCCCAGACGAGAAGGUCUCCAAUGCGGUGAUCUUCCACAUCUGGCUGGAGGAUCACACCUUGGGCAACCUACUGCGCAUGGAGCUCAUGAGGAAUGAGGCAGUGCUCUUUGCGGGGUACAAGGUUCCGCAUCCUCUGAACCACAUGAUCGAGCUGCGGCUGCAGACGACACCGGCCAGCACUCCACAGGAGGCCUUAAGGUGCGCGGUGACAAACCUGCGCUCCGAGUGCAAAUCCAUGCUGGAGCAGUUCGAUGAGGGCUGCCACAAGCUCGGGGGCACGGGCAUGGCCCUGGAGAACGUGGAGCCGCAGUCCUUGGAACCCUUGGAGAGCGACCUGGGGUACAGCAUGAGCGAUGACCAGGGCGCGCGCUUUCAGGAACAGCUGGAGGCCUUCGAGCAGCGACACGCCACCUACAGCCCGGAGUAUUUGCCCACCUCCCCGGGGCGCUGAGGGUAGGGCCACCCAAAGCUACCAGCCUAGCGGGGGUUUGAAGGGACAUGGUUUCCGCUGGCCCGGGCAAAACGAGCG